AUGGAAACCGACGGAUUCGCCCGCUUGUUCCACAACUUUGAGAAUGUGCUCGAGCCAAAAGAGUGCCGAAAAAUUGGCACUGUGCCAAGUUACGUAAAAGGAACAAUGCUGAGGAAUGGCCCAGGAAUGUUCGAGAUUGGGAAGGACAAGUAUAAGCACUGGUUUGACGGACUUGGAUUCAUGCAGAGAUAUCAUUUUGAAGAUGGGAAGAUGUUCUACUCGGCUCGCUACCUUGAAUCCGAGGCCUACGACCUCAACGUAGCCGCCCAGCGAAUUGUGACUAGCAGUUUCGGCACCGCAACCUUCCCGGAUCCCUGCAAAACCAUCUUCUCCAAAUACUUCUCCACCUUCAUGCAUGAUACCGAAAAGCAUGACAACGCAAACGUCGCCUUCACCCCUGUUGGAGAUGGGCUGUACGCUUGUACGGAGACGCCUUAUAUGUACCGAAUCGACUUGGACACUCUGAAAUCCCUGGAGCCCGCUGAUUUCUCAAAAUAUGUCGCUCUCCACUCGUGCACCGCGCAUCAACUCUACGAUGAAAACGGUGAUGUCUAUAACAUUGGAUCUCGCUUCGGACCAGACUCCGCCCAUGUCUUCACUGUCACCAGGAAUCCAAAGAAUCUUCCCUCUGAAAGUGAUCAUUCCUGGGAGCACACUUUGAAAAUCGGGGAGAUCAAGUGCACAGACCCGAUGUACCCAACCUACAUGCAUUCCUUUGGCAUGUCUGAAAACUACCUAGUCAUGUUCGAGUCGCCAGUUCGUGUCAAUAUCCAAAAGUUCAUCCUCCGCAACUUCAUCAACGCAACCUACCGUGACUGUUUGGUAUGGCAAGAGGAUAAGGAGGUAGACGUCUUCAUACUGAAUAAGAAAACGGGAGAGCAAGUUCCAUUGACGCUGAAAAUGAAUCCAUUCUUCACCUUCCAUCAUGCCAACACUUUCGAGAAGGACGGCUGCCUGGUAGUGGAUUACUGUAGAAUUGAGAAUGCCGGAAGUUUUGAGACCCUCAAUAUCGAUAAUAUGAGGAACGGAGAGUUUCAGAAUGCCACCACAUUCCUCCCCUACUUGACUCGUGUAGUAAUCCCACUAUCCAUUCCAACCACCGCCAAACCUGGCGAUAACCUCCUAAGCUCUGUUCCCUGGGCUAAAGGGUACUCCGCGGUGCUCCAAGAGGAUGGCUCCAUUAAGCUCACCGAGCAACAAACCUGCAGUACUUCCAUGGAAUUCCCGAGAUAUCACUGGGAGAAGAUCAACAUGAAGGAAUACAAAUAUGUCUUUGGGUCUACUGUAUUCGGGAAGGUUGAGGAUAAUAAGGCUGGGGUCAUCAAAGCCGACGUCUCAACCGGCAAGCAUUUGGUCUGGGACCGCGAAAACCCGCAUCAGAUCUGUGGUGAACCAAUUUUUGUGCCGGAUCCAGCUGGAAAGGAGGAGGAUGAUGGAAUCCUGAUAGUGCCAAUUAUGUCAAUCUCCGAAAAGCAGCCACCAUUCGUCUUGAUUCUUGACGCCAAGACUUUGAAGGAAACCGCGAGAUUCGAGAUUCCAGAGGAGAGGAUUCCAUUGGGAUUCCAUGCGUUUUAUCAGUCUCGUUAA